AUGACUAAAGAACAUCCAAGAAAGAAAGUUACUGUCGCGUGCACAAAUUGUAAAAAAACAAAAACCAAAUGCGACGGAAAUGAUCCCUGUGCUAAAUGCGUUAACAAAAAGUUAAGCUGUUUGUACGUUGCCCCAGUAAAAAAUAGGGGACCUACACCUAAAUUGAAAGAUUCUUGUCAGGAAAGAGAAAAUUUGAGAAAAAAAGGUCAAUUCCAGCGAAUACAACCAAAACCACUUCUUAAUGUAGAGGUGAAUACAAUUGCUUCUAUUGCAACUAGUAACGCAGAAAGGAACUCACAUGAAGCUAACUUUAAUGCCAUGAAUAAUUUUUUGCAAUCUCCUGGAAUUGCUUUACCUGGCAUUAUCAAACCUACUGGGCAAACUUCGUCAACUACGUUAAGAAUGGAGCAGAAUACAAAUGACACUAACCGUUUUCAACAAUAUGAAGUGGAAAGUAAUGAAAAUUUUUAUCUGACGAGCGUGACCACAUGCUCUCCCCUAGUAGAUCCACCAAUUGAACCUUCUCACUUUUUUAAUGCACCUAGUAACAUAGAAUUUUCAUCUUCAUCUCUGCCAUUACCGUACAUCUCGUCUUCUUCAUUGCCUUAUACAUUACCAUCCUCUGGAACUUCCCCUCUAAUAAUGUUUAACAAAAAUAAACGAGCCAAUGAACUGACUUUCCCCGAAGAACUGUUCUUUUCGAAUUAUGAUAAUUUGAUUUCGGAUGAUAUUUAUUCGUUGCAGGCAGAAACUUAUUCCGGGAUUGAUUCUAAUUCAACUGUGAAUAUGAAUACUGUUCUUGUACCUAUGAAUGUCGCUAUCGCGAACAUAAAUACCUAUGCUGAUAUUUAUAACGUUGCAUAUGCGAAUGUUGGCGCAAAAAUGAGUGAUGCAUCUCUUGUGAAUGCAGGCUCUACCGACGUGAACGUCAUUCCGAAGGCUUACGGCUCUAUAAAUUCAAAUAUUCCAGCAAACGCAAUAUUUUGGAUAUCAGGUGAUCCCAGUGAUGAGCAUUGA